AUGGAAACAAGAAAUAUUGCGUUAACUGUUGUUGUGCUUACAUCUUUGUCAGUUGUGUCUGGUGUUAUUUUGGUGUGGUAUUUUGUUAUAUUGCCAGACGUUACUUCAGGAGUCAAAAGAGGUGGUCGACCUAAUAUCAUUAUUAUUCUUGCUGAUGACGUCGGAUAUGCUGACUUUCAAACCUAUGGACACCCAACGCAAGAAUGGACAGCAGUAGAUAGAAUGGUCAUGGAAGGGAUUAAGUUCACAAAUUUUCACAGCCCAUCAUCUAUAUGUUCACCAAGUAGAGCAGCAAUUUUGACAGGUCGUUAUCCAAUUCGAACCGGCGUGUUUGGCAAAGGACUUGUAUUUGCACCAAGUUCAUCUGGAGGAUUGCGUCAUGAUGAAACAACCAUAGCCGAAGUCCUGCGGCACGGGGGGUAUAUUACCGGUAUGAACGGAAAAUGGCACUUGGGUAUUAAUGAAAAAUCUGCUACAGAUGGAGUAUACUUGCCUCACCGUUACGGAUUUGAUUACGUUGGAACUACUUUACCUCAUUCACAAAUGUGGGCUUGUGAUCCAAAAAAGUAUACAAUACCGCAGAUGAAAGGAUGUUUUCUGUAUCAUAAUGAUACAAUUGUGGAACAACCAAUCAACCUCAACACUCUGACAGGUAGACUCGUUAACGAGACAAAAGCAUUUAUCCGUGAAAACAAGGAUCAACCAUUCUUCUUCCUUUUGUCUUUUCCACAAACUCAUUCUGCAGUAUUUGCCAGCACCGCGUUUCUUGGCAAAUCCAAGAGAAGUAUAUAUGGGGAUGCCAUUAAUGAAAUGGGCUGGGGAAUUGGAGAAGUUCUCGAUUAUUUAAUCGAACUUGGGAUUGAAAAAGACACGUUGGUAGUUUUUCUAUCGGACCAGGGACCUUUAAAAGACGGUUGCGGGAAUGGUGGUUCCACAGGUUUCUUUCGUGGAGGAAAAACAACAACGUGGGAAGGAGGGAUUCGUGUUCCAGCAGUGGCAUGGUGGCCUGGAACCAUUUCACAGAAAAUUGUCUGCGAUUCGUUACUGAGCACCAUGGAUUUGUUUCCGACUAUUAUAAAGUUUGCAAGUUUGCUAAAUUCCACAACAUUCAAGCAGUUGUCUAUUGAUGGAAAGGAUAUUAGCGGAAUAUUGAAAGGUGAAAACAGCAAGUCUCCACACGAAGUGCUGUUUUAUUAUUACGGAGAUUUAUUGACUGCUGCUCGUUAUGAUCGAUAUAAAAUUCACUAUCGCACGAUGUCACUUAUGAAAGACGUCAUGGAUGGGCUCAAAGAAGAUCGUUGUUAUUACGGUUCUUUCUCGAUGUUACAACAACUUUUCGGUUUCCAAAAUAGAGGGACGGAGCAUGAUCCGCCUUUAAUAUUUGAUCUUGAUGCUGAUCCGGAAGAACUGGUUUCCUUAGAUACAACGAAUCAAGAAUUGGAAAACUUACUUGAAACCGUUGAAGAUUUAUUACAAUCCCACAAACUAUCAAUCGUGUCUGUGGAAUCAGAAGUUGAUAAGCCACACAUGAAGCAGUUGUAUCCCUGCUGUAACCCGCCUACAUGCAUAUGCAACUAUAACGAUAAAAUGAUGAAAUAGUGGACGCCGGAUAGUGUAACUACGAAGCAAACGCUUUUACAUAACAUUUUAAUAGAUGGAAACAAAAGAUGCAAGCAUCACUGAAGCAUUCAAAGAUAUUUAGUCUAUACAUAGAUUCUGCCACCUGCUGCAUUUGUAAAACUGCGUUCAGCACUGAAAUAUUCUUUACUAUCACGAUCGUCUUUAGACUCUAUACCACGAAAAUCUGUUUACAUUUAUCUAGUCUA